UGUGGUUACUCAUUUGCCAUAAAAAUGCCAAUGCAUCAACACAAAGGAUGUAAGCAAGUCACAAAUUUGUGUGACCUACAGUAGUUAACAUCAGUAAAAGACAUUACUAUGAGUUACAGACUGUGUUGUUUACACAAGUACAUGUACCAGUACAUGUACCAGUAUCUCUGGCAGGUUGAAAUGCUGGUCAGUGAAUAGCUUUUUAAACUUCUACAGCUUCGGUUUGAUAUCACAGUGACUGUCAUACUGGAGCAACUAGAUCUGCUCUUCAUUGAGAGGGAAGACAUGAAGUGGACCAAACAUAUCAUACCAUUGCUGUGCUUUUUUUACUACUACCAAUAUGCUGAAAGUGCAAAAUUUUUGGGAAUAAUUUUUCCACUAAAGGGACAGGUGAUAGAAACUCAAAACCUUCUCUUGGGUCUAGCUGACAGGGGACAUGAUGUUUACCUUGUUAUUGGAGAGCAUGCUGCUGCAGAACUUCCAGAGGACAUGGUGGAUAGCAAAGUACAGCUUUUGACUUUCAAAACUAGGUCUGAAGGUGUCUUGGCAUUUGAAAACCCAGACAUACAGAAAACUGCAUUCAUGGCCUUUUUUGAGGAUCCAAUUGAAAAAAUUAUCCCGCGCAAACGAUUAGCAUCAGAAUUCAUGUUAAGAAAAAUGAUACUUACUGAGUAUACUGAGGAUAUGUUGAAGGACAGAAAAUUCCACCAAAGAAUAGAAGAUCUGGGAAUUGACAUGGUAAUUCUGUCCAACUGCUUUUCAUUAUUCCCAACAGCAUACCUGCUUCCUUACAAACAUAACCUUCGCCAUAUCACUUUAUCCUUUGCUCCUUUACCAAUAUCUGGGGUGCCACGUCUACCUUCAGUUAUUCCACAUCCACUCAGCCCAUUUUCAGAUGACAUGUCAUUCUUACAGCGAACAUUAAAUCUUUUAAUAUGUGAGCUGGUUGACUGGAUAUGGAGUACACCAAGAAUUCCUGACAGAUACUUUACUGAAUAUUUACCAGGUAAAGCAAGAAAAACUCCAGGUGACUUGAUUUUGCUGUCUGAAUUAUUUGUAGUAACAGAAAAGAGCGCUGUCUUGGACUACCCUCAGUUGACUUUGCCUAAUGUCAUUCUUGCUGGGGGACUUAACACCAGACCUGGAAAACCUCUGACCAGAGAACUGCAGUCUUUCAUGGAUAGUCAUGAAGAAGGUGUGAUUGUUGUCUCCUUUGGAUCAUGGACAACCUACCCUCCUACCCAUGUCACUAACAAGAUGCUGGAAGCUUUUUCUAAAGUCAUGUAUGGAGUCAUCUGGAGAUUUACUGGCACCAAACCAGACCAGGUUCCUUCAAAUGUAAAACUUUUAAAAUGGCUUCCACAGAAUGAUCUCUUGGCUCAUCCCAAUACAAAGCUGUUUAUAAGCCACUGUGGCAAUGGAGGAUCAUAUGACGCUCUUUAUCAUGGCAUUCCAAUACUUGGGUUCCCUUUUUUCUAUGACCAAGUAUACAAUGGCAACAGAGCUCGUAACAAGGGAAUGGCAAAAAUCAUGAACAUUGCAGAUUUCACUUCUGAAGAACUUCUGAACAAUAUCAAAGACAUGAUUGAGAACCCAACCUAUAUGACAGCAGCGAAAAAGUUAUCUGCCAUUUAUCGUGAUCAGCCGGUGACUUCACAACAACUCGCUGUCUCAUGGAUUGAGCAUGUCCUGAAACAUGGCGGCUCUUACCUGCGUUCUCCUGGAGCAGGCAUGCCGUGGUAUCAGUACUACCUUGUGGAUGUUUUUAUCUUUCUUCUGUGCAUUGUUAUUACUGUAUUGAUUCUUGGUAUCAUUUGUUGUAAAUGUCUAUGUAAACUACUGAGUAAAAAGGUGAAAGUGCUAGACAAGAUUAAAACAAAUUGAUUUAUUGCA